GAAAUAAGCGCCACCCGAGCUUUUUGUUGUGCUGGACCACCCACAUUAGCGUCAAACUUUCUGUUUCUAGCCGCCUGCCGCCUUUCUUUUCACUGGAAAGUGUGCAAGUUACACACUCAAAUAAACUCAACAAGCCUCCACCUCACCUAAUUCGCCUUCUUCAGCAUCUUCUCACCUGCCAUUCACCUGACGACAGGUUCACCUCAUUUCUUCCUCCGAUUAAUCACAAGAGGGUCUAAUUAUUCGAUACUGUGGACAGCAUUGAACACUCAACAUCGAUCCAGACGCCACACACAACACCAAGACUUGCACUACCCCACCAAGCCAACUUCAAACCGCGACAAUCUCGCUCCUCUAGCCUGUACCCAUGUCGUCUGCGUCCGAAAUGCCUUCCAAUGGCGAUGCCAAGCCUGAUUCUCCCGUCGACCUCUCCACCAUCCCGAUUUCCCCAGCUGGGCAAGAUAAGCCCCAAGGAAAGUCCGCGGCAACUGGAGAUGAGCAAAUCACUGUCUUUCACGACCCCGAUAACUUCAACGUGAAGCAUCCUUUAAUGCACAAAUGGACGCUCUGGUUCACCAAGCCACCUACUGGAAAGGGAGAUAACUGGAACGAGCUACUCAAGGAGAUCAUCACUUUCAAUUCAGUGGAGGAAUUCUGGGGAGUCUACAACAACAUUACCCCCACCUCGGAGCUUGCUCUGAAGUCUGACUAUCAUCUCUUCAAAGAAGGAGUAAGGCCAGAAUGGGAGGAUAUCCAGAAUAAGCACGGUGGCAAAUGGUCGUACCAGUUCAAGGACAAGCGCAGCGUUGCGAUCGACGACGUGUGGCUUCAUGUGAUGCUUGCUGCUAUCGGCGAAACCCUCGAGGAGGAAAACGACGGGGAGGUGAUGGGAGUUGUUGUUAAUGUACGCAAGGGAUUCUUCCGUGUGGGUGUGUGGACGAGGACGAUCGGAAAGAGCAUCCCAGGUGGAGGCGACGGCGACGUUGCAGGAGGGAAAGGACGACCCACGGAGAGAGGCCAGGAAAUCCUCAAGAAUAUCGGCCGAAAGUUUAAGGAGGUCUUGACAAUUCCUGCGAAUGAGGUGGUGGAGUUCUCUGGACAUACCGAUAGCGCACAUGCUGGCAGCACGCGUGCCAAGGCCAAGUUCGUUGUCUAAACUGGGAUGAACAGAUGACAAGCAUGGGCCACCGUCGAGUCGACUCGGGCAGAGGCUUCUAAACAUAUGACACUUUGUCUGUUGGAGCAUUCUUAUGUUCUUACAUCGUCAUCAGGAGCAAGUCAUUUACCAAUCAGGCACUGAGGUCUUUCUGAACGUCUCAGACUUUACUGGCUUCUUAUGUCCUUAUAUCAUUUGCUACGAAUAGAGGCCAUACCGGCAGGCGUUAGAGCCAAGCGGGUUUGCCUUUUUUUUUUUUAGCGAUGACACAAGCUUGAUGCGCGUCUCCAUGGUGCAUGGUCACUAUUACAUUAUUUGCUGUGGAUACAAUGCUCAGAUAGAAUAAUCCAUCUACUAUAACCGCUACACCUCAUCGCCGCUAGCUUCAUCGGAAAAUACAUUUCCCACUAGCUGUGCUUUGUUGACUGUAUUCAUUAGUAUUGUGGUUCAAAUAAUACGGAUGAGAUGAACUCACUUUUGCCCAUAGCAUUUUUCGGUAUCUCGUCAACAAUCUUCAUCGUCUGAGGUAUCUUGUAAUUUGCCAACCUGUCCCGCAAGGCUCUUCUCAUGUCCAUUGGGCCCCAUUUCUUGC